AUGCAAUUCAAACUCCUCACCAUCCUGGCUCUCACCUCGUCUUUUGUCGUAGCUGACGAGGUUGCUGGCCGUGAUCUUCAAGACGAACUUAACUCCAUCGGCGCCGGUAUCGUCUCACAAGUGAAAGGCAACAUCGACUCAUUUGCAACCAUCCUCGCCAGCAUCCCAUCAGAUGUUAUGUCCGUCCUCAUUACCGCCGUUCCUCAGCCUACCGGCACUAACCUCAGCGGCUACUUCGACUCCCUCAUCAGCGAUGUCAAGGACGGCAACCCUCCGGCCUGGUACACCGGCCUUCCCGAUAAUGCUAAGAUGUUCCUCAGUUCUAAGGCCUCUCAGCUAGCUACUGCAGUUCCCACCGACACUGGUCCCACAGCAACUGGCAACGCCGCAACAACGACUGGCGCCAAACCGACCUCAAGCGCUCAACCAAAUGGAAAUGCUCCAGCCAGGCCAGCAGGUGCCAUUCUGGGCGGCAUUGCUGGCGUAGCUGGUGUGCUUGGUCUAGCUGUCCUGCUGUAA